UCCAUGACCAUCAACAUACAAAAAAACAACUACAUUAACACAAACAAGUUCAUCAAACAUCUCAAAAAAAACAUCUAAAGACAAACCGUACAUAGUACUUUUGUUCUGUUCUUUUUUGCAAUACCAACCAAAACAGAAAAAAAAAACACACACACACACACAUCCAUCAUCAAUGGCGUCUGAGCAAUUAUCUCGCAGAGAAAACAUCACAACCGAGAGAAAGAUUCAAAACAUGGAAGGCAAUGUCCCUCAAAGGACAACCCACUACGAGCAUAGAGAGACUCGCGAAGUUGCACCAAACUUUCAGUCUCUCCCUCGCAACGAGAAUCAAACUUACCUUGAUCGUGGUGCACGUGUUCCUUUGAAUGCAAAUGUAUCAGAAAGUUACCUUGAUCGCGCAGGUGUUCCUUUGAAUGCAAAUGUAGCAGAACGCGGAGUAAGAGAAAAAGAAGAUUUUGGUAGAGGAAGAGUAGUUGGUGCUGAAAAUCAAGGUGUGAUAUUGGAGAAAAGUGCUGCGGAGGAAAGAGAGAGAGCAAGAGAGAGAGCCAAAGAGGAAGAAGAGAAGAGGUUAACAAUGGAAGAGAUUUCGAAGUAUAGAAACCAAGCUCAACAAAGUUCAUUGGAAGCGCUUGCAGCAGCACAAGAGAAAUACGAAAGAGCAAAACAAGCAACAAAUGAAACACUGAGUAAUACAACACAAACAGCACAAGCUAAAGAUGCAACUGUUGAGAAAACACAACAAGGUUAUGGAGUGACAAGAGACACUGCUUCAAAUGCUGCAAAAGCUGCGGCUGAGAGAGCAGCACAGGCUAAAAAUACAACUCUUGAAAAGACACAACAAGGUUAUGAAGCAACAAGAGACACAGUUUCAAAUGCCGCAAGAACUGCGGCGGAGUAUGCUACUCCUGCAGCGGAGAAAGCCAAGUGUGCGGCUGUUCAAGCGAAAGACUAUACUAUGGAGACAGGGAAGACAGCGGCAGAGAAAGCCAAGUGUGCUGCGGAAGUUGCCGCCAAAGUGGCUGUUGAUUUGAAGGAGAAGGCCACUGUGGCAGGGUGGACUGCGUCGCAUUAUGCUACACAGUUGACAGUGGAUGGAACUAAGGCUGUGGCGAAUGCUGUUGAAGGAACGGUUGGAUAUGUUGCACCAAAGGCUUCUGAGCUUGCAGCAAAGUCGGUGGAAACUGUGAAAGGUUUGGCUGCUUCUGCUGGUGAGACUGCAAAAGAGUAUACUGCUAGGAAGAAAGAAGAAUCAUGGCGUGAAUAUGAGGCUAAAAGGGCUACUCAACUUCAGGAAGGUGAAGAAAUCUUGCCAUCAAAUGUGAGCAACUUUACACAAAAAGUGACACCAAGUGGAGAAAGAACUCGAGCACAAGGAACCAAUCUUCAAGAGAAGGUGCAAGGAAAAGGAAGUGAUAUAUUAGGAGCUGUGACUGAAACUGUGAGUGACAUUGGAAGUAGCAUGAUUAAACCAAUAGAUAAUGCUGCUAAUACCAAAGUUAAGGAACAUGGUGGCACUACUACUAUUACUCAAAAGGGACAAGAUGCUGGUGGUGGUGUUUUGGAUGCUAUUGGUGAAACUAUAGCUGAGAUUGCACAGACAACUAAAGCCAUUGUUGUUGGUGAAGAUGAUCAAGUAGAAAAGUCAAUGCAGAAGAAUAUUGGGUCAGAUUCUCACUCUCUUGAUCGUGCCAAGCAUGAAGGAUAUAGAGCACCAACAAAAAAUCUUUGAAGACAAUGAAUGUGUUUGUUUGAUGCAGAGGUUUAGUAUUAUGUUAAUCUUAAUUAGCUGUCACUGAAAAAGUUCAAUGUUUGUGGUUUUGUUUUAUGAAGUUGUGUGAAUAAAUUGCAAUCUCAUUCUUGAGAUUGUCAAUAAUAGCAAGUAUAUCUUCUUAUGUUAAUGUCUUUUGUAAGUCAAUGUUGUAAUUUGAUGCAUUUUGAGUGUAAUAAUAUACUUUUAUAA